CUUCUUUACACUUCUUUUUAAAUUUGAAAAAGAAAAGAUAGCAAUCCCAUAUUACUGCUGCUUCCAUCUUUACUAGAAUAUUUUCAUCACUUUGGCCUUACAUUUAACUGUUUUAAGUUUCUUUGAUGGACUUCCACCCCCAUUCAUGCUUCUGUCUCCUCUCUUUUGCACUACUUAUCCAAUUCUCCUUUGGUGAUCAAGAGGGAUUCUUGAGUUUAUCAUGUGGUGGGACCACCAGUUAUGUGGACCCCUUGAACAUUUCAUGGAUACCAGAUGAUGCUUAUGUUUCUGCUGGCAACAUUACAACUGCUAAUGUUCUUGAUGGUUCCUCUUUACCGGUCCGGUUCUUUCCUGAGUCCCAAGCCAGAAAGUGUUACAGAUUGCCUCUGGACAAUACGUCUGUCACGGUUCUGGUUAGGACAAGAUUUGUGUAUAAGAACUAUGAUGGGCUUAACCGCCCCCCAUCAUUCUCUGUUUCUCUCGGGAGGGCCAUCGUUCGGGCUAUUAAUCUCAAGAAUGAUGAUCCGUGGACCGAAGAGUUUAUCUGGAAAGUUGAUCAGGACGUCUUGCCUUUGUGUUUUCACUCUUUUCCAGACAGUGGUUUCCCUGUAAUUUCAUCUCUCGAACUUAGGCCGCUUCCGAAUGAAGCUUAUUCGAGUGGUCUGGGUGGUACUCUCAAUAAGUUGCUGAGAAAAUGUUAUAGGAUCAAUUCUGGUUAUAAUGCAGCACUAAGAUAUCCAGUUGAUCAGUACGACCGAAUAUGGGAAGCCGAUGAGGAUUUUACCCCGUCUCACGUCUCAUCUGGCUUUGAUAUUCAAGAAUAUGUGAAUGGGACUGGUCUGAAUGAGAACCCUCCACCAGCUGUUCUUCAAACUGCAAGGGUUUUGGCCAGGUGGAGAGACUUGACUUACACCUUCCCUCUUGAUCACCAAGGAGACUACUAUAUAGUCAUCUACUUUGCUGGGAUCCUUCCACUCUCCCCAGCAUUUGAUGUGUUGAUCAAUGGGGAUGUUUUUUGGUCAAACUACACGGUCAAACGAUGGGAAGUCAGCAGUCUGGUGUUUACAGUUACAGGAAACACUAGCCUGAGUGUCUCAUUGAGGACUAUUGACUACUACCCUUUGCUCAAUGGGGUUGAGAUUUAUGAGGUCCUAGACAUUCCAUGGGAAACUUCUUCCACCACUGUUUCAGCCCUUGAGGUUAUUGGGCAGUCCACUGGUUUAGAUCUUGACUGGGAAUUUGACCCAUGUUCUCCAAUAACAUGGGAUCACUUGAAAUGUGAAGGGAAUCUGGUUACCUCAUUGGUGCUAACUGACAUUGAUUUGAGGUCGAUCGGUCCAACGUUCAGUGAUCUGCUGGAUCUCAAAUAUCUAGAUUUGCAUAACACUUCACUCACUGGGGAGAUACAAAAUCUUGGUAGCCUUCAGCAUCUCAAGUACCUGUCAUUAACCGGUCAGGGACCAGCGAAUGAAGAUGGGGUGCAAAGGUUGGAUUAUUCUUGAAUAACGAAAAGGAACUUAAGCUUCAACCAACUAACAGCUUUUGGUUCUGAUUUGGAGGACUUGAUAAACCUUCAAGUUUUGGACUUGCAGAACAAUAGUUUACAUGGAAUAGUACCUAAUGACUUGGGAGAGUUAAAGGAGCUUCACUUACUGAACCUGAAAAACAAUAAGCUACAAGGCCCUUUGCCAAGGUCUCUGGAUAGAAAGGGUUUGAAAGUCCGAAAAUCAGGAAAUCUAUGUCUUUCCUUCACGGCUUCUUUCUGCAAUGACUUUUCCAUCAAUACUUCAAUGGAGACGCCACAAGUCACAGUCUUAACCCCUAAGAAGCACAAAGGCCAAAAGAAAUUAACACUUAUACUUUGUGCAGUUGGAGGAGCUGUGUUUUCCAUUUGUCUACUUUUAUUUGCAGUUUUUUUGUUCACGAGACAGAAGAAAAGAAGAUAUACAUAUGCAUCAAGAGGUGGAAUUGAUAUGAAGAAUUUGUAUGCUACAAAAGUGAUAUCAUAUAAAGAGAUCAAGACAGCAACUAACAACUUCAAAGAAGUCAUAGGCCGUGGCAGCUUUGGACCGGUUUAUUUUGGCAAGCUUCGUGAUGGUAAACAAGUUGCUGUCAAAGUGCGGUAUGCUAAAACUCAGAUUGGGGCUGAUUCUUUCAUCAAUCAGGCAUCUCUUCUAUUGCAAAUUCGCCACCAAAAUCUAGUUUCUUUAGAAGGAUUUUGCCAGGAAUCGAAGCAGCAAGUUCUAGUAUAUGAGUAUUUAGCAGGAGGAUCACUGGAAGAUAACCUUCAUGGUGCAAAUAGUAAAAAAAGUACAAUGAGCUGGGUGCGCCGACUCAAAAUAGCUAUAGAUGCUGCAAAAGGUCUGGAUUACUUGCAUAAUGGGAGCGAUCCACGCAUCAUACACCGCGAUGUGAGAUGCAGCAAUAUACUUCUGGACAUGGAUAUGAAUGCCAAGAUUUCUGACUUUGGACUUUGCAAGAAAGUCCUUCAGGCUGAUGCAAGUCCUCAUGUCACCACUGCUCUCAAAGGCACAGCUGGAUGCUAUCUUGAUCCAGAGUACUACACAACAUACCAACUUACCGAAAAGAGUGAUGUCUACAGCUUUGGAGUCGUCCUACUGGAGCUCAUAUGUGGCCGAGAACCACUGGAUCACUCCGGCACGCCAGAUUCUUUCAACUUAGUGCUAUGGGCGAAGCCAUAUUUGCAAGCUGGUGCUUUUGAGAUAGUAGAUGAGAGCAUAAAGGGAAGUUUUGAUGAAGAGAGCAUGAAAAGGGCAGCUUUGAUAGCUUCCAGGUCUGUAGAGAGGGAUGCCUUGAGAAGGCCUAAUAUUGCAGAAGUGUUAGCUGAGCUCACAGAAGCCUACAACAUCCAGCUCUCUUAUCAUGCCUCUGCUGGACUUGCCAAUUAAUAUGCAUGCAUACCUCACAUCUUUAUAUAUAUAUAUAUAUAUAAUUCUUGUACACAUUUAAACCCUUCUAUUUAUUCAGUGUUAGUGUUUCCUUGUUCCUGUGAGAAGUGUUUUAUUUCAUAGAUUAUAGGGAAAAUGUGUAAUUGUAUAUGUUGGUUGUGUAUGCAGAUAGAUGUAGUUUUAAAAAGUAAAAGUUAUAGUGUUCGGUAAAAAAGUACUUUUUUGGUGUAUUAUAUAUUUACAUAGUUUAGGUAAAAUUUUAUAUAAAAAGUAUAAAGGAGUUUAUAUUUUUUUUGUGCAA